AUGCAUGUUGCCUUGCCUUGCCUUGCCGGUAUAUGGGUUCCGCCACUUGCAUGUGUGCGCCACCGUGCUCGAACCGGCCUCCCGCCCCUAACCCUGCGGCCACCGCCACCACGGCCUCAACUUGCCAGGCAUUACCGGCGACAACCCCGCGUCAUGAACAAACCCUACGAGCGCUGUUACGUGGCUCUUACACACCUUACGAAGUAUAGCAUCACACGCGCCCGAUUCCCUGCCAUGUCAGGCGGCGGAUUGCCGGCGGGGAGGCUCGUCCAUUUCCUUUCCUCCUUCUCCACCACAGCCCACUACCUGCCCACUCUGUCGUGGUCUACUGUGCAUGCCCAGUUACUUGGCCAAUCCUUUAUCUACAAGUCGCUCAUCGGACCACGGAUCUACACCGCAUCAGACCAAACGUAGCUACGUAUGAUUACUUCCCUGCCUGACCGUGGCAGGUAUUGGCAAUGGACCGGAGUGGGCAGUUUGUUCGUUAGCACGUCAGUCAGUCAGUAGCCGACGGCACCAGCAAUACACACACACGGGGGUGCAGCCCGCUCGCCUCUGAAGGCAGUACGACAACUGGAUCAGCGGCCAGAGGACGCUGCAGUUCA